GGGCGGAAGCAGGAAGUGGGCGAGCCGGGCGCUGCGGGGCGGUGCCGGCCGAGGGCGCGGAGUGGCGGUCGGGCCGGGGCGAUGGCGGAGAAGUUUGAUCACCUGGAGGAGCACUUGGAGAAGUUCGUGGAGAACAUCCGGCAGCUCGGCAUCAUCGUCAGCGACUUCCAGCCAAGCAGCCAGGCCGGGCUCAACCAGAAGCUGAAUUUCAUUGUCACUGGCUUACAGGAUAUCGACAAGUGCAGGCAGCAGCUGCACGACAUCACCGUGCCUCUGGAAGUCUUCGAAUACAUAGAUCAAGGUCGAAACCCCCAGCUCUACACCAAAGAGUGCUUGGAGAGGGCUCUAGCCAAAAAUGAACAAGUUAAAGGCAAGAUUGACACGAUGAAGAAAUUUAAAAGCCUGUUGAUUCAAGAGCUUUCUAAAGUAUUUCCGGAGGACAUGGCCAAGUAUCGAAGCAUCCGGGGGGAGGAUCACCCCCCCUCCUAAGUGCCUCGUGCCCUCGGGGCGCAUCCCUCCGAGACCUCGGAAUCGCCGUGCCUGUGGACCAGCCGUGGCUGCGACCGGGGCCUGGGCCCCAGCCCUGCCCCUGGCCUCUCCGUCCCUGCCGUUUGCCUUUGUGGGAUGGUGGGGCUAGAGGAGGGCAGGGGCUGAGCCCCCGCUGCCCCUGCAGCCCUCAGCCUGGUGGCUCCUGCUCGCGGGGCGCGACCUCUGGUUCUCUGUGCGCACGCAGGGCACGGGAAGGGGCGCCCUGCAGUUGCUAGGACUGGAAAAUCAAAGCUUCCACUUGAUGCUGUUCUCUCUGUGGACUUUCCGUUCCGUUCUGUGAUGGUGUCAGGAAACCAGACAAAGAAAAGAAGAAAAGAAAAAAUUGAAAACAAAAUAAAAAGUGGGCUUACUGUGGGAAGUACUUCAGUCGGCUUUGUAGUUUACUUUUUCAAAGGUGGUGCAUAAAGACUGUGUUAACUGCAGCCAUGUUUUCAUGAUUUCAAUGAGAUUAUCAUAUAAUAAAGUCCUGAAGUAUUUA